GAAGAAACUAGUGAAAUGUUUGUUGAUUCGCUUCGCGGUGGAUAAAAAAUUCGAGUAAACCUUGAUAUUGAUUUUCCUAAAUUUCCCUGCGAUAUAUUAUCUUUAGAUUUUUAAGAUAUAAUGGGCUCUCAUUCUGUUAAUGUGGAAGGUGAUUUACAUAAGACUCGUAUUACAAAAACUGGUGAAUAUUUUGAUAGACAUGAAUAAUAAUAAAACAAAUAACAUUCUGGUCAUGCCCAUGAUUAAUCCAAUUAAGUAGAUUUAUAAAGAAUUUAAUAAGCCAUAUAGAAUAAAGAAGGUUGUAAAUUAUCAGGAUUUAUGUACGUGAAUAGAGUUCCAGGCAAUUUUCAUAUUUCUUGUCAUGCUUUUGGCCAAAUAUUGGGCUAUGUUUUCCGUAUAACGGGUAUAAAUACGAUUGAUCUGUCACAUAAAAUUAAUCAUUUAUCUUUUGGGGAUGAAGAUGAGAUUAAAAUUGUUAAAAAAUAAUUCACUUUAGGCGUUUUAAAUCCUAUGGAUAAAUUAGUAAAAACAAAAUAAAAACAUUUUGAAAAUUAUGGAAUUUCUUAUAAUUAUUAUCUUAAUGUUGUCCCAACUACAUAUAUAGAUGAAUGGGGGUAUACUUAUUAUGUAAACUAGUUUGUUUUUACAGAAAAUUAAAUAUAAACCGAUUAUAUUCCAGCAAUUUAUUUUAGAUAUGAUUUGUCGCCAGUUACAGUUAUGUUUAAAAAAGAUAGAAUGCCAUUCUUACAUUUCUUGGUUUAAGUUUCGGCUAUUGUAGGUGGUAUUUUCACUAUUGCAGCGUUUAUGGAUGAAAUCGCUUUCAAAAUAGUUAUUUAGUUGUUUAAAAAUUCUGAAGGGGAGAAAUUUUUAUGA